AUGGUCCUCCUUAAAACAGCAACAACGCUGCUCGCUGCAACAGCCGCUUACGCUUGGAACCACACGGCAUCUGAUGUUAUCGCCACAGGAACAAUGGGUACCACCAACCCUCCAGAGGCAACGAUGGGCACAGAACUUAACCAAACCUCGGUAGCCCGUCUUGUCUCCAUUAACUCCAUCGACGAUUUCUGUUUCUUCGGUCCAAAAGAGGCAAAUGUAACCAUCGGUGACACUGAAGGUGAACAAGUCGCCUGGUGUACUAAGCCACGUAACAACGCACGUGUUAUCCCAGAUGGCACUAUUACCUCUACGCACUUUGUUAAGACCCCCGCUUACGUCCAAGUUUCUGGUUUCGGUGAUUUGACAAAGAUCGGUGUUAAAGACGGUGACUACGGUGGUGAGCUUGACCCACACGGUGCUACUGGCGAUGGUAACCCAGUUGGUGGUAACGUUACUUCGGACAUUGUCAACGGUACCUCUACUUCUUACGCUGAGUGGAUGGAAUUCAUCUCAUACGAGCAAUUCUGUAUCAGAAUUUGUACAGCAAGCAACGACACUUGGGGUGCUCCAGUCAUGUGCGAGCACAAAUUAGAUGAAAUGGGUUGCGGUUUCGUUAUGCCAGAUGCAGGUGACAGUGAUGUCUUUGAGACCUGUGAUGCUGACGUUGCUUACCCACCUGGUGUUUACCCUAUAGAUGGCUCUUACUCCACUUUCGCUCAAAGAUACACUGGUAGCUACUCCUCAGGUACCACUGGUGCCAUGGUCGGAUACACUGUCGGUGUUACUGACACUCCAACCGCCGCACAAAUGACCCCAUCCUCAUCCAACUGUGUCACUCAAUCAUCCCUUGCUGGCAACAACGUCGAUGUCUCAGCUACUGGCGUCAUUGAAGAUAACAGAGACGACGAUUCGGACUCAAACAGUGACCCUGACAGCAAUAAAUCCGACAAAAGCAACCCUGACGGCAACGAUGGUGGCUCCACCGGCAGCGGCCAAACCAGCGCCAACGCUGGCGACGGCGAUUCUAGCGCUACCACCUUCACUGGUUUCGCCACCGUCUCAGCUAUCGCUUUGGCUGUGCUCGCAAUUGCCCUCUAA